AUGGAGACGAUCUACCCAUCGAAAGACGGGGUGACCAUCUUCGAAGAUCCCAAGCUCAAGCAGCGCCUGGUCAAGGAGAUGAAAAAGGGCAACAUCAAGCCUCCUUCCAUGUCCGACUCCCUGGACAUUGAUGAAGACAUGGACGUGGUCGUGGACGGCAUUGCUGCCGAGGUGUGGCGAUACUACGACCCCAAGAACACCGGCCUGAUGAAGAAGACGGCCAUCCAGGCGUUCUUCAAGGACUGUCUGGACCUGUACGCUAUGCGCGCGCGUAAGGAUACCAAGAUGAUGCUGGCUCCGGGAGUGACUAUGAGCGCCGCCAUGGAGGUCGCGGUCCGAGGGCUCGACCAGUCUGGCCAGGGCAUCCGCGAGAGGGACUUCAUUGACUACCUCAACGAGUGCGACAUGGAGGAGAUCCUGGCCCCCUUCCUGGGCACGCAAGGUCAGGUGAACAUCAAUUCGAGGCUGCCGCAGAGCAUGAUGUUCGACCCCUCCAUCCUCUCCGCCUCCGACUUCCAGGCCCGCGCUCCCGUGAAGCUGAGGGACUACGGCCAGGACUAA